AUGGAGUUAGAAGCUAUAGAACUCUGUCCUUAUGACCCAAACCACAGGAUACCAGCCAGCAGGUUACAAUACCAUCUGGCAUCAUGCAAAAAGAAAAAUCCAAAGAUAGCUAUAAAGAUGGCUAACUGCAAAUAUAAUGCUUGUCAUGUGGUCCCAAUCAAAAGGCUCAAGGAACAUGAGGCCAACUGUGUCAACAGAACUGCAGUUGACGAUGAGCCACUUAAUCUUCCAAAGAUUACUUGCCCAAGUUUUGAAGGAAAUGAAAACUCCGAUGCUGGCAGUCAGAUUACUGACCCUGAUGUCUGGAAUGUGGAUCAUAUGCAUCAUUCUCCUUCAUUUGUUCUUGAGACUUUUGCUCCAAAAAUGCUGGUUUGUGAAAGUGACUCGAGACCUCCAAGAGGCCAUGGCUGA